CUCAAUCAAGUUUAACAAAACAAAACAAUAGUAUUAAUCUCUUGCAUGUUCUUCUUCUUCUCCUUCCUCUAUUCCCAUUUUUACUCCAUUCACCAACAACAACAAUGGCACCCGUUGAUCCUCAUUCAUACACAGAUUCAACUCACCCACCAACCACUCACAUUUCCCUCACACUCUACUUAGAUUUCCCAUCUUCAACCAUUCAUGCUUCAGCACUUUUCACUCUCCAAACCCCUCACUCUGGUCCUUUCUUCCUCGACACUCGUUCCCUUGACAUCCACUCCAUCACCGACCCAACUCAAUCCACUCCAAUUCCCUUUUCCCUCUCUCCAACCAUCGACCCAAUCAAGGGUUCUAAACUCACCCUCACUCUUUCUAACCACACCUCCUUUCUCAUCACUUACACCACCUCCCCUUCUUCCUCUGCUCUUCAAUGGCUCUUACCUCCUCAAACUUUCAACAAAAAACACCCUUUUGUCUAUACUCAAUGCCAAGCCAUUCAUGCCCGUUCUGUUUUCCCUUGUCAGGACACACCAGCCAUUAGGGUUUGUUAUUCGGCCCGGUUGAAUAUUCCCAAAGAAUUGACGGCUGUUAUGGCUGCAAAACAUGUGGCGCUCCGCGAAUCAUUGGUUGACGACGAGUGUUUUGGGAAUUCGUCCAAAGGUAGAGUGGUGGAAGAGUUUGAGAUGGAACUUCCAAUUCCACCUUACCUUUUUGCAUUUGCAGUUGGGGAGCUUGAUAACAGGGAGGUGGGGCCCAGGACUAGGGUUUAUGCUGAAGCUGUGACUCAACUGUUGGAUUCAGCUGCUAAAGAGUUUGAUGGAACUGAGGAUAUGAUUAGGGAAGGGGAAAGAUUGUUUGGAAAUUAUGAGUGGGAGAGAUUUGAUUUGUUGGUUUUGCCACCUAGUUUUCCUUAUGGUGGUAUGGAGAAUCCUAGGAUGGUGUUCUUGACCCCAACAGUUAUUAAAGGGGAUGCAACUGGUGCACAGGUUGUGGCUCAUGAACUUGCUCACAGCUGGACUGGGAACUUGAUCACUAACAAGACCAAUGAACAUUUUUGGCUCAACGAGGGAUUCACUACUUAUGCAGAGCGGAGGAUUGUGGAGGCUGUACAAGGAGAGAAAAGAGCCUUGUUGAAUAUUGGAAUUGGUUGGAGGGGUUUAAAUGAGGAUGUAGAGAGGUUCAAGGACAAUAUGGAGUUGACUAAGCUAAAAAAUAACCAGGAAGGAAUUGACCCCGAUGAUGUGUAUUCUCAGGUUCCAUAUGAGAAAGGUUUCCAGUUCUUGUUGCGCAUUGAACGUGAGAUUGGGAGACCUGCAUUUGAUGAGUUUCUGAAGAAAUAUAUUGCCACCUUCAAGUUCAAAUCGAUUGAUACAGAAACAUUCAUUGACUUCCUUAAAGCAAACAUCCCUGGCAUAGAGAAUAAGAUUGACCUUGUACUGUGGACAGAAGGUACUGGCAUCCCAUCUGAUGCUUUUGAGCCCGACUCCAGUGUAUAUAAGACAAUUGUAUCGCUGGCAAAUGAGUCGGUAAAUGGGAGGAUGCCAAGGGAGGAUGAAAUUGCUGAGUGGCAAGGUCAGGAGUGGGAGCUCUACUUGGACAACUUGCCGAAAUCUAUUGAAGCCUCUCAGGUCUUAGCCUUGGAUUCACGCUACAAACUAUCUGAAUCCAAAGAUUAUGAGGUUAAGGUGUCAUUUCUCCAACGGGCUAUUUCAUGCGGAUGCAAAGCUUACUAUAGCGAAGUGGAGAAAACGUUAAAAGAAGUUGGAAGGAUGAAGUAUCUCCGUCCACUUUACACUGCACUGGUGAAAGACAGUGGCAAUGAAGAUGACAAAGUGUUUGCCAAGAGACUUUUUUCUGAGGCUCGUGAGUGUUACCAUCCUAUUGCUCAAGGUGUUGUUGAGGCCAUUUUUGGCAAGCAUAUGUAGAAGCAAUAUUUCUCAAUAUGUGUGUUCGAUAUAUUAGAACAUCUACAAAGUGAUUCUAUCUUGAGCUGUUUGAGUAUGCUUUUUUACAAUCAAUAAAAUAUGGUUUACUUUUAUUCUGA